CGAACCCAACGAAACCGUAGAACAAUAUCAUCCCCAGGGCUCUGGAACAGAUCAAUCUCGUCCUCCUGAAAGUUUAGUUCAGGAGAUUUUUUCUAGGAAGAACUAGCCUCAGCCAGCAUUACGAACUCGUAGUCUCCAUCCUACUGUAUUCUGGAAAACCAAACCGAUUGAUUGCUGCAUUUGUCUAGAAUCUAUCAUAACUAUUCCUUGCACUCUAGUGGUUCCUUACCGAUCGAUCAAAAUGUGCGGCCCAACAACCAAGAAGCAUGUCAGGAGCGAAACAACCAUAGCUCCCGCCAUUCCUUCCGGUAUUGCCCGACGACGAACGGCAAUUGUCGGAUCGCUAGCGGGAUUGGUUCUGUUUUACAACGGAUUACGUUUGAUCUUUCGAGAUGCGGUACGUAUCACACAAUAGAUCGGUGGGCGGUGCGUGCGCUUUUCGGCAUGCUGUGCGAUAGGACGACGAAGCGCGGAAUACCCGUUUCCAUCUUGCCCGUUCGCACUCUGAAUUCUUGCUUGUUUCGAUUCUUUCCAUCGUACGCCCUUGCGCAACUCUGCGUGCGACCUGUCUGCAUGCCUAACCUAUCAAACAAAACACGGUUCUUCCACCAGACAUGGCUCCGACCCGCCGACGAAUUUUGCCAAAACCAAUCCGACGGCGGCGAGAACUGCAUUCGGUCGGAUCUCUUUGCCAAGCAAGCGACCAGCGCCGUCGUGCAGCUUUACCUGGGGGGAAUGGGCUUUCUCACCUGGCACGCUACCAAAAAGGUCGACAAGGGGAUUCCCCGGACCCCCGAGGGCCGUCUCUUUGGGUACCUGGACGAGGCCGACCGCCUCAACGCGGCGAUCUUUGUCUACCAGACCUUUGAUUUCUUUACAUCAAUGACAGUUCCGGAACACAACACAACAAUAUUCCUAUUCCACCAUUUCUUGGCGGCCGUAACCUCGCUGCUGUCGCUGGAAUACCAAAUGGUCCACUACUACGCUAUUUUCUUUGGGGGAUGCUCUGUAAGCAUGAUUGUUGGAUGGCGGGUCAGAGAGUGAUUGCGUUACGGAUGUUUCUCGUGAACCAAAAGUAUCACGCCUUUCUGACAAGUGUCCMAUUCCUUUGUGUAUACUGUGUACAUGUGUGCUGUUGCUUACUAUUUUCUUCAUGUCAACGACAGGAAAUCAGCACCAUUUUUUUGGUCUUGUGCGAUUUUGAUGUGUACUUUCCUGCCCAGGACCGAGGUUCACUAUGGGGCGUGAUCAUUCUAUUUUGCCAGGUCGCAUUUACGUUUUCCUUCUUGUAUUACCGAGUUAUCGGUUGGUGGCAGGUCAGUUUCCAGCUGUGGUCCGACGUUUUUGUUGUAGCCAAGAAAGGAAGCAUCGAAGACUAUCGACCGGGAAAGAGAUGGUUUCUAUUUGUAUUCUUGGCAAUGGACUUUGUGCUGGGAUCCCUGCAGGUGUACUGGUUUGGCUUUGGACUGCUACCAAAGAUUUUAGAACUGCUAGAGGGCUGAUCAAUGUUGGCAUGGGGCAAAACUUGAAGGGAUGGAAGUGAAGGAAGAGAUCUUUGUAGCUAUUUGGAACAAUGAUUUUCACACGAAGUAUCACGUAUCAGUGGCAUCGAGCCCUACCUAGGCGACUAUACCACGGCUGCCUCAGAGCGAGCUACUGGAGAUCGGUCGUGUUGUUCAUUAAAAUCAAAUCCAUAGGAGAUGAUGAUAUAAUCGCAACAUUACAACGAUAAAAUCGGUUUCCUGAAACCAUUAAAUAGAACUUUCAUCUCUCCAUGAGACACAGAUGGCUUCUGUUUGGCCAGUCAUCUUGUAGCAGAAGUUGUUCUCGUACUUGCGUCGUCGGUUUUUUUUUGGUUUCACAUGUGAUUCAUUGGAUUCGGAUGAGGCGUUUGAAUCGUUUGGAUCUCGAACUAUAAUACGCUUCUCAUACCAUCAUUGCGUCGUCCUGUCUUGCAACUUUGGUUGUUCUGGCAAAACUAAUACUCGGUCAAAGAAGGUCACAACGAAGAUCGGCGGAGUGUGAUGGUAGAAAAGGUUGCACGAAUGAACUGGGAAACGCUUCUCGUGCAUUGUGAUCAGACACAUCUCAAAAAUAGCGAUGCCUCCUCUCCAGAGAUGGGAGAGAGUACGUGGUUACCGUUGACAGUGCUCGAUGAAAAAUCCAAGACAAUUCGGGACCUGUGAACGGGAAGUCGGCUCUGGCCUCUUCAUUUCACUGAAGCAAGUGAAAGCAACGCAGAGAAUACCAAUCGGAUUUCGAACACUUGAUUGUGUAAGCAAAAUCUACGAUAGUGUUGUACAAUAUUGUUUCUCCGGCCGAUCCUGUCGGGUAUCGAAUGGAACCUCUUUUGUUAAAACAUCGCACCGAUGACAGUAAGAUCCCAGAUCCUUCUCCUUUGAACCAUGCAAGAGGUGUGGUAAGAAGGGCUGUUGACGGCACUGGACAAGAGGUGGUCUAUUUUAGGAAUAAUUGAUGUUUGGUGAAUAUUUUCCGGCUUGGACAUGAAGAAAACAGCGAUCUGAAAAAAUCAUUCCAGAGUACCUUGAACUUUCAACUUGCCGGUAAAAGCCAGAGAUUGGAUUUUGCGGACACAAGAAACACUGGGAUUGUUCCGUGAUGCAAAUCAAUUCGUUCAUUCUCCAGCUUACGACUUUCUUUACUUUUUCUAUCGUUGGUUGGCUUGUUUGGCUUGUACGUCUUGAUAAGGGAGAAAAAUGAGGGCACAGCUCAUAUUUGAAGGACAGCCUCAUCGUCAAGUCGAUAAUCGAUGUGACGUUGGGAAAGUAUGAUCAGUAAAUGGAAAGUGGUGAUAGUAUGGAAAACCCUAAGGUAGGUUUUCGUAAGAGAUGGCGAAAGAAAUGUUCUAACUUAGCUGUAACAACUAGUGAAAAUCUUUAGUAAUAUCCCCUAUCUAUCUAGUUCCCUUGGUCUGACUUUUUUCUUCUUUAUUUGGUGGUUUGGUUUGUUUUCUGUGCUUUGCCAUAUCAAAACCCUUCAGGAUUGGAACGAGCUUCUUCACAACAAGGUCUCCCCAUUUUUCCAUGCCCUUCGCUGUUGGGUUCAUCUUCUCAUCAAUCAAGUUCGGAUCUAAAAACUUCCUGCCCUUCAUGCCCCCGUUUUGCAUCAGUACUUGCCCAACAUUCAUAAAGAAAAUUCUCGAUGAAUGCUUUUUGAUCCACUUUCGGGCCUGCAGAUUGAGGCCCUGUGCACGGUUCCAGAGGUGCCCUAGGGCAUUCGAUGUCGAUUCGGGGUUGUCUUUUCGUGGUAUAAUCCCAUGGAUGACGAUCUUAGCUUCGGGCUGGUCUUCGAAAAUUCUCUUCGCAACAUUCAGAGCAUUGGCCAUGACAAAUUCAUCCGUGCACUUAUGGACAAAGAGGUCGUUGCUACCCACCAUGAUGAACCAAAGUUUUGGACGGAGUUUCGCCUGUCGGAUGCCGUUCUCCCAGUGCCAAAGAAGGUUGGGUCCCUUUUUUUGGUGCAAAAAAGUUGAUGCAUUUAGGUGUUACGAGAACCAGGAAAUAAGCACAUUUGAGCGUUGGAAGACCACACAAUAUUUUCAAAAAGGUCGAUUUUCACGAAAUGUUGUUAUUCACAAAACAAACAUAACAUACCGUAUCGCCCGAACUACCCAAAGCAAUUGCGUUGAAAGUUCCUCCAUUUUUUUUCACGAACGUCCGUUCGAAAUACUCUUCCAUGCCCUCUACUAUUUCAGCCCCCAAACCGUGUGUUCCACUAAGUUGCUCGAUGAUACCAUCGCCAAAGAAAACGAUGUCCAAGUCUCCCGGUGCAUUUUUAGCUUGGGAUACCAUGUGAUCGUGAUUGCUGUCCCACAACUUUGCAUCGUCGUUCUUCAAUGCUACAUUCGGAUCAGGACAAGAACACCGUUCGUCUAGACUAUACCGGCUCGUUUCAAAACACCUUGCUUUCUUGGAACCCUCCGGCUCCAAAAUGCUGUGGUAUUCCUCCCAGCGUAUCACCUUCGAUUCUCUUCGUAGCAAGAAGAAGCUCAUCGAGGAACUAACAACAAGUAUGGCGACAUACUUCAUCAAUCGCGAUCUAGUCCACGGAACUCCGUCAUUUAUGAUAGAUUCAUAUCUGUUGUACCGCUUCAACUUCCCGGGUGAGUUUGCAUCAUUUAGUAGCGAAAUCCGUUCCUCCGCAUCGUCGUCUUGUGGAUGAGCUCUCACUCUCGUUCUUCGUCUCUGCUCCCUGCCCCGGAGACCACUGUUGCUCCGAGAAGUGGAAGAGGAACGAAUCUGAACAUCGCCUAGAAGCGAAACAC